AUGAAGUUAAAAAGACCAGAUUGGAUGGGUGCAAAAAAGCAAAAUAACUGUAAUAGAAAUUUGAGACCUAUAGUAUUUGAGUUAAAAAAAUUGAACAAACAUGAAAUAAAUUAUAUGAUAACAGAAAAGAAAUGCUUAGCAAUUAUUUUCAGUUAUAAUAUAAAUAAGUGA